AUGUUGCAGCUCUUCGCUCUGUCCGCGGAUCCUUCUGCUGUCUUCUUGUCAGAGCAUGUCACAUUGGCCAGCAUCGCAGGUGCCGCGGACAGUGCGCCUGGGAAGGGAGGCGAUGCCGAAGGCAGGGUGCCCUUGGCGAAGGAGGCUUUUGAAGAUUUACAGGCAUCCACUUUGUGCCAGCCCGUGCUGGCGUUGGCGGAGUGGCUGGGCAGCGCUCGCUCGCUGAAUUGGAGAUGGUGUGUUCUCAUUUGCGUUGGGAUCAUCACUACGGCACUCUUGCGGGUUGUGCUCGUGCGGCCACGGAGAGGCAGCGUGGUUUGGGUCGCCGCAAUCAUCUCGGCCGCUCUUUUCUCGCCGGCUUUUGUUUGCGCCCCCAAAGGCGUGGCUGCCGAGAGCGUGGCGCCUUUCAAGGCAUGGCAGAAGGAGCUGGUCGACCGCUUCGAGCUGCCGACUGCGGGAGUCGCUGGCGCUGUCGCCUUCCUGAUGCACUUUGGCAUGCAGGGCACUGCCCACCAGGACGCAUCAGCGAUGAUGCAGUACUAUCCGGCAUCGGGGACAUCUCCUGCGAUAGAGCAGAGAUUACAAGGAGACCAUGCUAGACCACCCUUGGACUUCAACGGAGUCCGGCAGCAGCUUUCGACGGCGGACUUCUCCGCGCCAGG